AAAGGAAUAGCUUAAUCAGAAGUGACACCAAACGUCUACAUAAGCAAUUAAUCGUGUGGAAGAUACUUUCCUCUUUAACGGAACGAUUCAUCUCAACAGAUUAUCAUUGGGAACGUUGUGAACUGUUUUUUAAGUAUCUCAAUGUACAUAUUUAUCUAGAAAAGUACAGAUAGACAGUUCUUGGCUUAAUUGCUCCAAAUCAAAUAUGGCGCAAAUGAUGAUACCUAGAAUAGCGCUUUCAUCCAUUAGAAACAGUAAUCGUGUAAUAACGCGAAUUUCUGUGCCCAUAAAAUAUCAACGAACAUGUUUUCAUACGAGUUGGAUUCUCGACGUAAAAGGGAAAGAGGUUUUAAUGCCCUCCUUAUCGCCUACUAUGGAAAUGGGAACCAUUGUCAAGUGGCUCAAAAAAGAAGGUGACAAAAUUGAACCUGGUGAUGCAAUUGCUGAUAUUCAAACUGACAAAGCUGUUGUCACUAUGGAAGUUGAUGAUGAGGCUGUUCUUGCAAAAAUAAUUGUAUCAGAAGGAACCAAAGAUAUCAAAGUAGGAACAUUGAUAGCACUUACUGUUGAAGCAGAUGAAGAUUGGAAGGCUGUUGAGAUGCCAGAUUCUGUUUCUGCUGCACCUGCAGCUUCUCCAUCUGCACCUUCCGCACCAGCUAGUGCACCUCCUGCAAGUGUUUCGGCUGAACCACCUCCUGGCCAGAAUAAUAUUAGUAUGCCAGCUUUGUCUCCAACAAUGACUACAGGCACAAUAGUAAAAUGGCUUAAAAAGGAAGGAGAAGAAAUACAACCAGGAGAUGCAGUCGCAGAAAUACAAACGGAUAAAGCCGUUAUGACGUUCGAAUUUGAAGAUGAAGCUGUGUUUGCAAAGAUUCUGGUUCCUGAAGGAAGUCAAGUUGAAGUGGGAGAACUAAUUGCUAUCACAGUGGAAAAGGGAAUGGAUUGGAAGAAUGUAGUUGUUCCAACUACUACAAAACCAGUUGCUGCUGCAUCUACUCCUGCUGCACCUACUGCACCUGCUGCACCUACUGCGGCUGCACCUGAUAAAAAACCUCCACCAAGUGGACAAGUAUACGGUUUAGCAGUAAAACGGUUGCUGGAGGAAUACGGCCUAAGUUCAGGUUCCAUCAAAGGUACGGGAAGACCUAAUCGAUUACUAAAGAGCGACGUAUUAGCUUACAUUCAAGCACAAAAUCUACAAAAAGUUGAUCUAACAGCGGCCGCACCGCCAAAAGUCGGAAAAGGUGAUGGGGACCGUGCCGCUACACCUUCGAAAGCUCAUACACCCACUGGUCGUCCUUCCGCCUACGAAGAUAUUCCAGUUUCAAAUAUACGUGGUGUUAUUGCUAAAAGACUCGGAGAAUCGAAGAGUACUAUACCACAUUCUUACGCUUACAUCGAUAUUAAAAUAGACAAAAUAAAUGAAAUUCGUAGCGAACUCAAGAUUGAUAAUAUUAACGUUUCGAUAAAUGACUUUAUCACGAAGGCGACCGCGCAUGCGUUAGUUGAAUGCCCGGCGAUCAAUACAUUGUAUCAGAAGGGUCAGAUACUACGUAUGUCAAAAGUCGACAUUUCUGUAGCAGUUGCUACAGAGAAUGGUCUUUUUACACCAAUUGUUUUCGACAGUACAGCUAAGAGUUUAACAGAUAUAUCAAAAAAUAUUAGAGAAUUAGCUGAAAAAGCUAAAACCGGUAGGCUACAACCAGAUGAAUUUCAAGGAGGAACAUUUACAAUAUCCAAUCUAGGAAUGUUCGGUAUCAAGCAAUUUAGUGCUAUUAUAAAUCCUCCUCAGACAGCGAUACUCGCUGUUGGCGGUGGCCAAAAAGAACUAGAUGCUGCUCUACAAAAUGUAACAAAAAUGUCAGCAACGUUAUCAUACGAUAGACGGGCAAUUACAGAAGACGAAGCUGCCGAAUUUUUGGCUGUUUUGAAAGCUAUGUUGGAAAAUCCAACUUUCCUUGUUGCUGGUAGAUUACGGGCUCUUAGGUAUGCACAGGAUUGACCUUUGGUUAUAUUUUAAUUCUGAGACGUUUAUUGAAAAUAGGCCUACCUUACAAAAUUUUUAGUUUUUCUCCCUAUAUUAAUUCGUACAAUAUACCGAGGGUUCUGUAACUGGUGAUUUAAAUAACAAUAUCGUAAUUUUAUAUGAGAAAAUGAAUGGAAAAUAU